CAAAAUCCUAACGAAGAAGAAAAGAAUCCCCAAAAGAAAAAAGAGAAUUGAAAAUUUCCAACAAAUCUCUCUCUCUCUCUCCCUCUCCCUCUUCGUGUAAGGGUUUGUAAUUUGUUGAAAUUCCCAAGACAGGAACCCUAAUCCAAUGGCGAGAAACGGAGAUCAAGAAGCCUCUCAGAGCCAGAGGCCUUCUCAUCCUUCUACAUGGAUCAGAUCAGGACCAGAUCCUUUUCUCGUCGUUUGCAGAUGCUUCAGCGUCAUCACCGCCUUGACGGCGAUCCUCUGUGUCAUCGUCAAUGUCUUUUCGGCCGUCCGAUCUUUCAAGAAUGCAUAUGAUAUAUUUGGCGGGAUUUUCCGGUGCUAUGCGGCGGUGAUUGCGUUAUUUGUGGCCAUUGCUGAGACAGAGUGGGGAUUCAUAUUGAAGUUCGUGAAGGUAUUGGAGUAUUGGGCUGGUAGGGGCAUGCUGCAGAUCUUUGUCGCAGUGAUGACAAGAGCUUUCCCUGAUGUUAGUGGAAAGAGAAAAGAUCUAGUGCUCCUACAGGAAAUUGCGAGCUAUCUCCUUGUUGCUUGCGGGGUGACAUACGUAAUCUUGGGUGUUCUUUGCAUUGGAUUUCUGAAGCGUGCUCGUCUGCGUAAAGAGAUCACGAGAGAGCAAGCAGCUAAAGAUUUGGAGGAAUUGGAGCGGCGCAGAGAGGAACUCGAAGCAUUGUUGGUAGCGGAAGGGGCUUGAUGACAGCGUAUAGGUAGCUGAAAAUCAGGUUCGUGUUCUCACCUUUGUGUCUGUCGAAUUUGCUUGAUUAGAUGACAAUGUGUUUUUUAAGGUACCACAGGAGCAUUGACUUUGUAAAUUUUGAAAAGAAUCAAUGCCCAGAAAUUCAGAUCCAAUCAUUCAACAAUCUGUAGUUAAUCAACAACUCAACCACGUGUACGAGAUCUGGACUAUCCACCCAUUGUGCCCUUUCCAUGCGGAUGGGCCGAAGAUUUUUGCCCAUUGCACGAUGACUGUUUGUUAAACUGUUUCCUUAA